AUGGUUGGGAAUUAUAAUCUGAAAACUGAGGAUUUGAAUUUGUGGUUUGAGAAUCUUAUGAUGGUUGCUGGUGGUGAGAAAGGAGGGAAUAUGAAGGUUGGUGUGAUUACUGAAUGGAAAGAUAUUCCUGUGGAGCUUUUGAUGCAAAUUUUGUCACUUGUGGAUGAUCAGACGGUGAUUAGAGCUUCUGGUGUUUGUCGUGGUUGGAGAGAUUCUAUUUACUUUGGACUUGCUCGUUUAUCUCUCUCUUGGUGUAACAAGAACAUGAACAAUUUGGUCAUAUCUCUUGUUCCAAAGUUUGCGAAAUUGCAAACUCUAAUCCUUCGUCAAGAUAAGCCACAACUAGAGGAUGAUGCUGUUAGGACUAUUGCAAAUUUCUGUCAUGACCUGCAGAUUCUUGAUCUCAGCAAAAGUUUCAAGCUCACGGAUGCAUCACUGUAUGCUAUAGCGCAUGGUUGUCGCGAUCUUACAAAACUAAACAUCAGUGCAUGUUCAGCAUUUAGUGACAAUGUUUUGGCCUACCUUGCUGGUUUCUGUAGAAAACUCAAAGUUCUAAAUCUAUGUGGAUGUGUUAGAGCAGCUUCUGAUACUGCACUUCAGGCUAUUGGACACUACUGCAAUCAGCUACAAUCUUUGAACCUUGGAUGGUGUGAGGAGGUUAGUGAUGUUGGAGUAAUGAGUUUAGCAUAUGGUUGUCCUGAUCUAAGAACAGUUGACUUGUGUGGCUGUGUCAAGAUUACAGAUGAUAGUGUGAUUGCUUUGGCAAACAGGUGCCCUCACCUGAGAUCCCUUGGACUGUACUUCUGCAAGAACAUAACAGACAAUGCAAUGUAUUCCUUAGCACAAAGCAAAGUGAAGAACAGGAUGUGGGGAGCUGUGAAAGGAGGAAAUGAAGAGGAUGGACUUAGAAAUUUGAACAUUAGUCAGUGCACUUCACUCACUCCUUCUGCUGUUCAGGCGGUUUGUGACUCAUCCCCUGCACUCCACACAUGCUCUGGGAGACACUCACUCAUCAUGAGUGGUUGUCUCAAUUUGACUUCUGUCCAUUGUGCUUGUGCUAUCCACGCACACCGUGGAAUCAACACCUUCCCUCAUACUGCUCAUUAA